CUUGCGUUCUCCGUCUCGUUUGACGUAUGUUUAAAAAAGUUGGCUCGACUCCGUACGUACUUGCGUGCCUGCCGGGGCCCUACGCAAGGACGGAUAAUGACGUUGCGUGUCUCCGCACUGACGCAGAAGGAGAAGCAUGAAUCAGCCUUUAGUCUUACCACGACCGAAAGGUCGUGUGAUGCAUUUCCUGUUUCUUUGGGGAGCAGAAAUCUUUAAAAUAGACUUAUGGUAGUUGGGGCAUGCACACUGGAUCCCCCUCUUACACAAAGAAUUUUUUGCGACUGAAGCACGCGCAGAAGACAAGAAGCUCUCCACAGUCCACCUCUGGCUAAGUGGCUGUGCUAAUGCUGGUGCAUUGUUGGGUUCCCCCUGCCUCAUUGGGGCCUGACACAGAUCAAGCCAGGAUUCAUACAGGUCAUGGGCAUUUUUAGCCCAUUUUGGAGGGAGCUGAGGCACCCCUAAAUUAAAUCAAUGCACCCCUAAAAUUUGAGAAUAUGAAACAUUUAUUUUUACCAUGUGUUUGAAAAAUAUAAAAAGCAUAUAGUGCUUGGUUGAAACAUUAUAUUUCAACCACAAAAAUGCAGCAAACCUCCCCCUCCUCAAAAGUGGUUUGAUCCUGCUCACCUUUGACCACAGUCACCAAUUCUUGUCAUGUGUCUUUGCCUAUGUAUGUGUGACAGUGUGUGUCCUGUCACAGUGUCCCGAUUGAUCAUGCACCCUGGCUACUUGGCCAAGGGGAUGUCCCUUUGGCUGACUGGUUAGAGCGUAUGACUCUCACCCGGGAGUCUGGGGAUCGAAUCCCGCCCGGGCCCUCGUUUAUCCACCUUGCCACAUGUGGCGUUGUUGGCAGGAUCCAUGCAGUACUGUCAAGUAGGUCCAUGGAUGUGAAGUUUGUGGCACCCUGCGCGGGAGCACGAGGACGUGCUUGUGGAAAGAGGGGGGAAGAUGUGACAGUGUGUGUCCUGUCACAGUGUCCCGAUUGAUCAUGCACCCUGGCUACUUGGCCAAGGGGAUGUCCCUUUGGCUGACUGGUUAGAGCGUAUGACUCUCACCCGGGAGUCUGGGGAUCGAAUCCCGCCCGGGCCCUCGUUUAUCCACCUUGCCACAUAUGUCUGAUCUCAGAAUUGUGUGUACUGAAACUCUAAUUUCCCUCUGGGAUUAAUAAAGCAUCUUUGAAUUAGAAUUUCCCAGAGUCAGGCUCUGAGCCUCUGUGUGCCACCUUCCUGAGUGGCUGAUGUGCUGUUGAAGCAGCCUUCUGGAGUUUUCUCCUAAGCAAAAUGCCUUUAAUUUUUUUUAAAUUUUGCUAGCAUGGCUGCCCUGUAGAGCUCUGUGCAAUAGGAAACUGAGUGUCGAUCAGAACUAAACAAUACCUUUAGACAACCGCUUACGUGCUUCAUAUUUAAAGAGCGGGUCAAGUGUGCCUCAGAGUCCUUCUCCACCCACGUAUCAAUUUUAAAAACUGCAACAUUAGUAGGCGUUGCCUGGCGGACCGAGAGGGUAGCGAGACAAUGCUAGCUCCCUUCACACUGAGCAUUUAUUAGAAGUGGAAGACGUUUCUCCCUCUCCUUACCCAGACACUCGAGAAGAAAGGAACCAAGUCUAUUUGGAGUAGACAAGCGGACCUGAGCCUCUUUGUUUUGAGCUUGUGAGUUGCCUGAAACUAGCGGAACCGACCCAACAGAACUAGCUCUGAAUGGUUAGUAGCCGUUAGCCAUAGCAUUAGAUUAGCUGCAGGGUUUGGCUCCACGGCCCUAGAGAGCUAGUAUUCAGCAUGUUUUAGAGAUUUAUCUGCUUCAACACACCUGGUUUUAAUCAGCAACAAAUAGCUGAGCUGCUUAACAGCUAAUCUAACCUGCUAAAGCAGGAAAACCACUGAAACUUGCUGGAUUGCAGCUCUCCAGGAGCCCUGGGCUCAAAUUACAAUCUGCUGCAUAGAAAGUUAUGAAACUACCCCAUGAGAAAAUUAUUCUGUAAUUUGUUCAGCCCACUAAAACUGCCCUGAUUUCAUUAUUUUUUCACUGAUACCAGCUGCUCUCUUGGUCGUAGGUGAUCCUCUGGUGUCUGCAGGUGGUCGUCUCUGCUGGUGUCGUCAGGAUCAGGAGCUUCCAGAAGAAUGUGCCUUUCAAUGACUCUUUCCCCCUUAUUUGUUAUAUUAAUUAAAUAUCUCAGUUUAUAUAUUUCCUGUUUUUGUUCAUGUCCAUAAAUACUUGAAAUUUACAUAAUACUUACUUGAAAUACUUUACUUGAAAUACAUAAAUACUUGAAAGAUGUGUCGUUCCAGUAGCUCUUUUGUUAGUCUUGACCAUCUUUUAGGCAUGCUGAACAACGAGUGACUUGGUGAAUCGUCUUUACGCAGGACUUAGGAGCCGUCUUGCGUCAACGGCGUUGCCAUCAACCAAUGAGCAUUAGGUUACACAGACAUGUGACAUAAAGUUGAGCUAAUGUGACAUUGAGAACUUUGUUGUCAAGGUUUUUGGAUAUUUUCCCAUCUACACUGUCCAAACUGAGGAGCUGAAAGACUUCUGUUCAUUUGUUGAUGUUGAACAUGCCACUCUCCUUGGGACCAGCAGAACCCAUUAGCUCUCACUGUGACCUGCAGUUGAGAGGGUUUCUGAAGCUUUAUCCAGCACUUCAGUCCUACUUCAGGUCUUAGGAAAAAGCACCUAAUUUAAUCAUCAAGUUCCUAGAAAACUAAGUGUGUGAGGCCUGGUUGUGGUUUACACACAUUACAACCAACUGUCACUGUUUAAUGACACCAUCAAAAAGAUGGAGAAAGAGAAGAGCACAGCUGACCACGCUGCACAGCACCUGUGUGAUCUACAGGAGAAACUUUUGGAGAGGAAGGCCGCCCUCUUCAUGGGAUUAAAGGUGAAGAGCAUUCUGGCUACCCAAGAUCGCCCUCAAGUGGAGGUGUUUAAGCAAAGCCUCCACACCUUCUAUGAAGGUUGCAUCUCAUAUCUGCAGGAGUGGAGCUCCUCAUUUACUGACAUGAAGUGCUUCUCUUGGACCCUGCUCGAAGAUCCACCAGGUUGGGAUGUGGUUGAGAGCUCCCUGAGGUGUGUCUCCUCAAAGCUGCCAAACAUUCACAUCAAUGAAACGGAGCUCUUUGACGAAGUUACUUCUGUCAAAACUUACACAUCUGACAAGAUUGGACUGUGGGACCGAGACAUUAAACCAGCAGAUGAGCGCUGGGCUGAAAUGUUUACACAUUUUAAGCAUCAGCAUGUCCCAUUUAAAAAUGUAGCCGUCAUCUGCCAGUUUGCCAUGUGCCUACCUGGCACAAACGCCUCUGUGGAACGCAUUUUUUCUCUCAUGAACAACACUUGGACCAGUGAGAGAAAUCGUUUGGGACUGGACACUCUGAAGGCACUGCUCAUUACUCGGGUGAACUUUGAUGACUGCUCUGAGUUUCAUGCCAGACUUGUUGACAACCACAGUCUGCUUAAAAAGAUUCACUCAAACAUGAAAUACUCUUAAAGAGUUACUGUGACAUUAAAGGGAACAAUAGGGCUGUUCAUUUAGUGCAAUAUUUUUGUUUCUAAAAAACUUGAAGUCAGUGAAAUACUUUUUUUGUUCACAAAAGGGCUACAUUUAAUAUUGCCCAAACAAAUGUGUUUAAAAAAAUACUGUAUUGUUUUGGAAAACGAUUGCACUAAAAAUAUUAGAAAAACUGUCCUUAUUUUGAAUAUAGAUCAAAUGUUUCUGUUCUUGCACAUUCUACAAUCAAAAGCUGUUAUAAAGGUCAGUUAAAUUCUUUGUUUAUCUUUUCACAAAAGGGCUACAUUUAAUAUUGCCCAAUGUGUUUCACAAAUACAGUAUUAUUUUGAAAAAGAAAAUAACAAAACAUUGCACUAAAAAAAAGAAUGUCCUUAUUUUUAAUAGGAUGUUCAAAUGUUGUUGCAUUUUGUACAAUAAAAAGCAGUUAUAAGUCACCAGCAAGGAUUUGUCAGUCUUUAAUUUUGUGUAAAACUUUGGUGUCCCAGUUUUCAGUUUUUUAAAUCUGGUCACCCUAGGCUGGGAUCAACUGACGACACCCGGUCGAACUAGCUACAACAAGCUAACCUGAAGCUAACCCAAAGCUAAGGCGGAGGUGGGAGCUAAGCUAACGGAGGUAGCAACCUAGCUACAACCGGAGUUAACUGUGCACAACACCAGAGCUUCUGAGUCAGAGCUACGCCGGGCUG